UGCAAUUACAGAAAAAUAAAAUAAAAUGAACAAUUUCUUUCAACCAAACAGCUACAUAAAUAGUCUGUAGAGCCUCCUCCUCUGAACAAUUACCACUUCCACCCAGUAUGUAGAGAUAUAAUUUAUGAAGUGUCCUCCAAGACAAACGCUUAUCCGAAUCAUACCAGCGUAUAAUUUAUGUCACAUCUCUUUCUGCAGUAAAUUUACGACAAUGAUACCAAAAUGCAUCUCUUAAAUGCACUGUGAAGCAAACUGUAUGCCGGAUGCGCUUCGUUAACCUUGAAAACUGCAUCGAGCCGCAGGCGAAGCAGUUGGCAAAUUUUCCCUUCUUGAGCGUCAAGUUAGUCGUUGCAUUACUGCCUACCAACGCGAGAUGGAUCGUUCCCCGUGUUCGAUGAUUUUGAUCUUGACGGCGACGCUGUUCGUGAAUUUGUGCUCCGGCGAUUGGGUGGAGAUUCCGUUCUUGCAACCAUCGACGACCACCCAGAAGACGACCGUCAUCCGGAAGAACAUCAACCAUCCAUCGUUUGUGGUAAAUUCGGGGUUUAUGAGCCACGUGCUGCCCCCGUUCUCGAUUGGGAAUAAUCGAGACCCGGAGGAGUCUGAGGACGGAGUGUCACAACCGUAUCCGGCAGUCAAUCAUGCUACUUUGUCACCACCGGUCAGGAUCAGUAAUUUGAUUGAUUUUGAGGAGUUGAAAUCUACGACAAGUACCUCUGAGCCACCAGUAAUUGGAUUUCCGAACAAGUAUUCCAACUUCCAGAAGCGGAUAUAUGAAUAUCCACGAGGCAAUGUGUCCACCAAAUUGGGUUGGACACCGCCGAGGGAUGAGCUGCAUUUCGUAACGAGUAAUUUAGACAAAAUCUCCUUUAGUCAAGUUGAUCGUCAUCCAGUGUCGUCGAUAGUAAAACCUGACCAUCAACCAAUGAGUAAUAAGUAUCAGGAAGAAUCGAUCGAAUACUUGAAUCCCGGUGUGUCCAUACCAACGCGUCGUCCUUCAUCUUACCCAGCAGUAAACGAUCGAAUUGAAAUUCCAACCGAGUCUUAUUCGGAAGAAGACGACGGUCAGUCUGAAGAGUACAGUUCAUCAUCGGAAAAAGCCGUUUACUCGUCGAUUGCAAAUCGAACAAGCGAGAACGGAGAACUGGAGAACGAUCGCUUCCACGAUUUCGAUGAUUACGACGAAGUUCAUCCAGAAGGAACGUUUAAGAAUGUGACCAUCGUAAAACGCCGACGAAGGCCCGGCCCACAAGGACAGGUGACCAUUGUGAAGGUUUUCCCACCGAGGAGGCACCUUCGUCCGGCGGAUUCCGGCAACGGUGGAGGCUUUUCCGGGUUCGUCAAUUUCAUCAAGCGGAUGCAGGAUACGUUUAUGAAACGGACGGCCAAGAACAUCGGCGACAAGAUCAAGGUUCUGCAGGAUUUGAAGGAUCAGCUACUGCUGAGUAUUGAAAAAAGAAUGGCCGUGUUGUGGCGUGAUCCGAACGCGCAGAAAAAUAACGAUGAGAAGCAAUCGAAUCGCCGUGUCAAACGAGGCGGUGGUUGGAUGGACUACGGAGAUGGCGGGCACGGUGGAAUGGAUUUUCCGUCGGCGGAGGCUGCACUGCUGACGAUUUCUUUUCUCACGUUUGCAGUUUUCCUCAUAAAGCUAGUCUUGCAAGUGAUUAAUACAAUCAAGUCGAAACAUUACUCCUACAAUACGCUGGCUGGGGUUAAUGGGCUCAAUGCUGCCACAUUGAAAAUUGUAAAUCGAAAUAAGAGAGGAGUCGCAAUUGAUCCAAACGAUCAUUGGAAACACAAUCUGGAUAUUUUAAGUGCGAUCAACAACUAUAAAUUCUCGUUUUCUUGAUCGAACACGGAUUGAACCACCGAAAAUUUCAUAAAAUGUAAGCCAUUGGUAUAAAAAUAUUUACAUUGAGUCCAAAAAAUGAUAAUCCAUUGGUACUAAUAAAGUUCAAUUGUUCUUUUUCAACUCUUGCGUAGAGUCUUCUCAGAAUAAAAGCACAUGUCUCAGCAAUACCCGUAGGAGCACUGAGUGCCACAGGAUUCCGCCCUGUUCGUGAUGCUGUUCCACAGGUUCCACAUGGUGAUGUAGCCGAGUUGAAAUUCUCUACCGGUCUCGGCAAUAGUCACCGCAAAGCUAACAUAUGGAAUAGGAAUAGUGAGCCGAGGAGGACCGGAACCACUGCAUUGUUCCUUUCUGUAUACAACGCAAUGGUCCGCUAUGCUUCACAACCAGUCCGAUCAACUCGAUCGUGGCAGAAGCUGACACUUGACCUACUGGCAGUUCAAUCUAUCGCACGAACGGCCAUUCGGAUGCUAACUAAAAGUCGAUACAUCACCCUUCCGCUGGUUCAUCGUGCUUUCGACAGUCAACUCGAAGGAACAGCUUUACAAUGCUUCCCGCUGUCGACCAGCUAUUAAAGCAGAGCAUUUGUGUUUGGUUUCGUGUAGUGAGUGUUUUAGAGAUACUGAUUUUUUGAAAAUAACGACGAAAGUUAGUGCUGAAAAGAUUCCCGAUUCUAGCCGACACGCAGCAACACUUCAUCCAGCUAGAAAUCACUACGAUCACGAUCGGACAACGGGACGCACACUUGCGCCUUCCCUUCAGUCUUGUGAAAGGUUUCCAUCCGCUCAUCACAGUCGAGUAGUCGAGUUCAAUUAGCCGGUGUACUCGGACGUGCAAGUUCAACGGAGAGGUAUAUUUAAUUUUCGCCACCCAGGGCAAAAGUUCCGAUAGUCGUGGGUGUUCCUAUAGUUGCGGUAGUGUUAUUUUUACGAAAUCUACUAACUAAACGCAGCAGCCCGUUAAGUCUAUCAAUUUGUAGACCUGUUAUUACGCGAAAUAAAAGAAAACAGGAGAGAAAAUACCUCAAAACUGGUAAAGUUUCAUUAUAUUACCUUAUCCUUUUUUCGGCUUUGCACCAAUAGUUGCGGUAGUGUUCCAAUAGUUGCGAGUUCGAUAUCAAAA